AGCUCUCAAACUCUGUAAACAGCUGGUGACUCACUGCAUAACUAUGGCACCAACUGCCUGCGAGGCCCGCGGCUCUGUGCGCGUGGAGGGAGGGGGCUGCAGGCCGUUUCCUUUACGCACUGGCAGCGUUCUGCUCUCCUUAACUCGCUGGGACCGUUUGGCCAAGACGAGGAGCUUUUCCUUCCUCCUUCGUGCUAGCGUUUGCAAUUUCUGAGCAGUUUUGUCCAGAAGACUGUGCUCAGGUUAUGACGACUAAUCCCAAACCGAACAAGGCAUUAAAGGUAAAGGAGGAGUCAGGAGAGAAUGCCCCAGUGCUGAGUGAUGAUGAACUCGUGUCAAUGUCCGUGCGGGAGCUGAACCAGCACCUGAGGGGUCUCACCAAAGAGGAAGUCAUCCGUCUGAAGCAGCGGAGACGCACGCUGAAGAACAGGGGUUACGCUGCCAGCUGCCGCAUCAAACGUGUGACUCAGAAGGAGGAGUUAGAGAGGCAGCGGGUUGAGUUGCAGCAAGAGGUGGAAAAGCUGGCCAGAGAAAACAGCAGCAUGAAGCUCGAGCUGGACGCCUUGCGCUCCAAGUACGAAGCACUCCAGACCUUUGCUCGUACUGUGGCGCGAGGGCCUAUUACCCCGACCAAAGUUGCCACCACCAGUGUCAUCACCAUCGUGAAAUCAGCCGAAAUCUCAUCCAGUUCUGUGCCGUUUUCAGCAGCAUCCUAGUGCUCUCGGUGGGGGAACUAGCAGCCUUUCAGAGGGGAGGGGAAAAGGCUUUUAUGCAUUGUUCCAGAGUCCUCGGUCACGUCAAGAAUUGGCAUUUUAACAGUUCUCUUCCAAAAGUGCAAAAAAGAAAAAAAGAAGAAAAAAUAAGAAAAAAUAAUCUACAAAGGGAACUUAACUGGCUGCUUCUCCCUGGACUCGGUGGCUCCAUCAACCUCUCGUGUCCAGGAUUUGAGCUCCAUAUGCAGUACAAAUAGCAAGAUCUGCUUCCUCCUUCCCUUGCCUCCUCAACUCCUUCUAGGCUGUGGGCAGCUUUCCAUCUGGGAGAAGAUACCUGAGAAGCCUCCGGAGUUGUCUUGAAUGAUGCUCAAGAGGCAGGAAACAGAUGGACCGUAGAAAUCAUCAUGUGAGAUGAAUGUAUGGAAAAGAGUUUCCUGUAGUGGCAUCCUACUCCCUGUAAGAAAGAUCUCCUCUCCCCUCCCUACUUCCAUCUGCUAUUAUGAGGGCAGAGAAAUAGGCUUUUUGAAGUGGAUUUCAUCCUGCCAUGAAUGGAUGCGACUAGGAGGGUGAUGGAGACUCAUGCUUGAGUCUUAUCACACCCAUUAGGAAUAACAUUUUGUUUUCAAUCCAUGCUGUUAAAAUAUGGAGAAAUAUAUAUUUUACGUAUUCUAAUAUGCCCCAUUACCUGUGUGGCCUAUGAAAACUACAUUGCAGCCUCCUUUAUUCCAAACCAAGUUCCCCAAGAGCUCCUUCCCUAAGGUGUGCCUGUGAAUUGGAUAUAUUUAUGCAGUUUAUUUCUUCCAAAUGAUCCACAGUCUUGAAGUAGCAGCUUUUCUUUGUGGAUUCCCUGAAGCUUAAGGGAAGGAGGCACAGUAAAUGCUGUGAAGAACUGUGUGAUGGGGAGGAGUAGGGGAGGUGAGGAGGAGAAGUGCUGGAAGUAGUAUUAGGAGGAGGCAGAACUGACUGCAAGAAGGUAGGAGCAUACUGCUGGGAUCAGCACUAUGGUAAGGGGUUUAUACAGAGUAUUUUAGAAAGAUGUUUUUAAAGCACUGAAGUGUAACUAGAGGGCAAUAGCAUAAAGACAGGAAGAGAGAAGUUGUAGAGCCUCCUCUUUGACAAAAACAUUGGUAGGUAAGCAAUGACUAUCCCAGCUGGAGAGAUCACCAGUCUUUGACCAGAGAGGGGCUAUGGGGUGGUUGGAUAGGAGCUGUAAGAGUCUUUCCUCUCUGUAGUGUGUCAGGCGCUGAAGUUGGGAUCCAAAGAGUACAGUCUACAACCCUCAGUGUUCAGACAACCUGUGUGAAUGUGAUCCUGAAACUUGACACUUUCUCGUGGGAAUCUGUGAAUUAUCCCAAGAGAUGCACAGAGGGCAGGAUGAAAAUCAGUGUGUAUAGGGGAUGGUAAAAUUGGGAUUGAGAAGUCGUACGUAUGGCUCUGAGCAGUGGUUUAGAAGAGGGAUUUCUGGCUCAGCAAUGGGCAGGAAGUGGGAAGCCAAAAAGAGAUUCUGCUGUUCUGCAACAGCACUGAAAAGACGAAUGUUUCCAGGUCACUGUAAAAAUAGCUAUGUUGGUGUUUGUGUGUUUUGUUCUGUUUUCUUUUUGAACUAGGAAAGAAAAGGGAUCGUGAGUUUUGCAGGGCAGGUCAGAGACUUGUGGAAUAGACGAUGCCUGUUGUCACACAGGUGAGAAGAGAAUGAGAUUGUUGAAGUUUAAGGUGAGAAGAACUUGGAGGAUUUGCCUCUAGAACAGAAAACAAAAUUCAUGAGUGUUCUGGACUGAAAGAGAAUAAUCAAGUUCUGCUGUUGUUUUAAAGGACAGUGAACCGGCAUCCAAGGCUCAGUAUACUAUGUUUUUCAAGGCUUUGUCUCGUCUUGAAUGGCAUUAAGUUUAAAUUUUAGUGAAGCCCUAUUUAUCUCUGGAAGAAGUUGUCAGCUUGCCUUUUUUUUUCCCCCCUCCCCCCCCCCACCUUGUCCUUGGAGUCUCAGGAUUUCCCAAGAGGGUCCUUUGUGAAAUAGGUUAAUGAAAAGAGAAACCUCAGAUUUGAUUCUCGUUCAGUCCUCAACAUCUACAUUCGUGACCUUAUUGAGCCAGAAAGGAUGCAAAUGAAACGCUUCCUUAAGGCUUGUUACUCCUGCCAGAUCCACGUGUUACGGAGGGGAGCAGGGAGUUUCCUUCAAGUGAUUUUUUUUUUUCCAACGUGUAGAGUUUGGACAACACUUAGUGUUACCUCAUUUCUCCUCCACUCCCUCCCUAUCUCCUAACAGGCAGAUUGAUGUCCUGUGUAUCAUACCAGUUAUUGACUCCCACAGCAGAAGCUGAGGAAGAGAAAGAUGUUACUGUCAUUUCCUGGUCCUCUCAUGUUCUCCAACUCGCAAACAUUGGAAACUUUCCCAGACCUUACAGGUGCCCCCCAAAACAGGCAAAAUGGAGACUUCUGGCACCAUUGGGGCUUUAAAUUAAAACUUUAAAGAAAAAGGCCAGUUGACUUGAAAAUGCCCAAAUGCUUCCAGUUUCUAAAACAGCUCCAGAGCUCCAUAAUAUUCCUAGCUAGAUAGGAACACCCCUCUGACUGUCCUCAUUCCCUGCCAGGGAACUCAGAUCAAUUGUGCAGAGGGGGAUGGAGGUAGAACUUUGCUCAGUGGGGGGUCUUCAUGCUGUUGGAAUGAGUUGAGGAACAUAUCUUUAUGUGGCACUUCCCUUGUGGCCAAGUUUCUUUUUCCAGUUCUUGAAAGGGUGCCAAAGGCUUGUCCAAGUGAUUGCUAGUUCUGUGCUGGUAGGCACUUAAAUCUCUGGUCACUCGAUAAAGAACAAGAGGCCUGGGUGUUGUUAAAGCUGUUGAUACCAUAGCCAUGGUAGGUAAUCCAUAUUGGAUAUCCAUAAGGACCACGUGGAAAUAUUUAAAGAGAGAGAAAUAUAUAUAUAAAUAUAUAAUUAUAUACAUUUUAUCGUACAGAUUUUUCGUAAAAAAAUAAUUUUUUUUCCAAGUUUGAUACUGUAAAUCUUUAUUAAAAGAAAUUGCCAGUCCAGGGCUCCCUGGGUGGUGACCUGGAGGGGAAUGAAAUGUCCUGGAUAAACUUCCACAGAGGGAUCAGAAUUGCAAGGUAACGUGGAGGGAGGAAUGACCCGAAAGCUGUUGACCACAUUGGAGACCCAGCUCCUCCACCCUCCGGACUGGAGGGCCCUCCAGCUUGGGGUUAUCACAUUGCAUUCCUCUGGGGUCCGUUUUUUUUCCUGUUUUGUUUUUUUUUUUUUCUUUCCGUCCUGCACUUGCAAGUGUGACACCCAGGGCAAGCAUCGCGUGGGGAACCGGUUACUGCCCGCGCAACCACAAGGGCAGCCCCGGUAAGGAGCGCUUGUUUGGCUCACGGCGCUCUUCUGCGGCAGUACCUCUCGCUUGUCUUUUUGCUGUAGCAGUUUGGAUGCUGGGACUCCCAUCUCUCCCCCUCUUAAUUUGUCCCCCUGCCCUUGCGCAGGGUAUUUGAACACCGAAAUACUCUUCCCCUGGGCCUGGGCAUUUCUUUGGUUGCUCCCCAUCCACAGUGUGACGUGGGAACCGCGGGCCGGGUGGGAAGCUGGAAGAGGCGCGAAGCACGUUCCUGGGCACGACAGGGCAGCGACAGGAGGGGCGUCUCUGUCCUUACAGAUGCAUUUGCUGUGCUCUCUGCUGGGAGCGGGGAACCUUUCCCUCUAGGGCAGCUCCAGAUCCCUUCGAAGCAAGGCAGCAUCUCUGCUCUUGCCCAGCUCUUUCGUCUGCCCAAGGAGGCUGUCAAAUGCCAUCGCAGAGGCCCGGGUGAUGCCGCAGCUCCGGGGACAGCCGGGGAGGGGAGGAAGCGCUGGCGGGCGAGCCGCUGCGGGGGCGAGCCGUGGCAGGGCUGGGUGUCGUGCUGUAGAAGCGUUCAGGCUACUGAACAACUCAAACCUGGGGAGGAGGAGAAGGCAUUUUUUUUUUUCUCUCUCAAAUCAUUUAAACUUCAUUGUCAUGAUUGUUUUUAUUUAAAAACAAAACAAAAACUUUUGUAAUGUGGAUUUGUUUUCCUUUGUCUGUAUUUCAGUCUGCUGGGGUGUUUCCGUAGAUGGUGGAUACUUGCUUUCAUUUUUUUAAUGAUAGAGGUCUUCUGUUUAAAGUUGUUUUUUUAUCACCAGCUCAUUCUAUCCUCUGUGGUUACUCAGUAAUUUCAUUUCAAUAUUUAUUUUUGUGCUGCUUUUUUAUUAUAAAAUAAAUUAUUGAUAUACCAAGCAAUGUGGAUUCCUGUUUGUAAGGCGAGUAGCCCUGUGUAUGUGUCCAUUAUUUUCUCUUGACAGCCACAACGUAAUUUAUUGCUGUAAAUUUAGCUGCAGUGACUGUUUUUUUUGUACCUUUCCAAUAAAGCAUUUUCUGGUUUCAGACUUGC